UACACUCAACAAAGCAUAGCUCACAAAACACAAAAAAUAGAAGACAUCAAAAUCAAAUCAUAAGCAAGUAGCAAACAGUCUCAAACAAACUCCAACGUUGUUUUUGUGUCUCUCUCUCUUUUUCUCUUUCCUCGCUAGGGUUUCUGUUUUUUAGGUUUUUGAACCAAAUUCAAAACCAGUGAAAUUGAUGCAAAUGUUUCUUAGAUCGAGUGUUGUUGGUGAUUCUAUAAUGCUGUUGUUAAAUUGACAUAAACCUAGGAAUUAUCGUUUUUUGAGGAAAAAUCAAAAUGCAAUUCGCUAAGCUUGAUGAUUCUCCUAUGUUCCGCAAACAGAUACAGGGCAUGGAGGAAAGUGCCGAAUCUUUGAGAGAGAGAAGUUUGAAAUUUUACAAGGGAUGCAGAAAAUACACGGAAGGACUUGGAGAGGCAUAUGAUGGAGACAUUGCAUUUGCAAGUGCCCUAGAAACUUUUGGUGGGGGCCAUAAUGACCCCAUCAGUGUAGCUUUUGGAGGCCCUGUUAUGACCAAAUUCACUAUAGCCUUGAGAGAAAUCGGGACAUACAAGGAAGUCCUUCGAUCACAGGUUGAGCAUAUGUUAAAUGACAGAUUGCUCCAGUUUGUCAAUAUUGAUUUGCAAGAGGUCAAGGAAGCACGAAAACGCUUUGACAAAGCCAGCCUUAUCUAUGACCAGACUCGUGAAAAGUUUCUUUCACUGAGAAAAGGUACAAAAAGUGAUGUAGCUACUGCCCUAGAAGAGGAGCUUCAUAGUGCAAGAACUACAUUUGAGCAAACUCGAUUUAAUCUGGUUACUGCUCUCUCAAAUGUUGAAGCAAAGAAGAGAUUUGAGUUUUUGGAAGCAGUCAGUGGGACCAUGGAUGCACAUCUUCGUUACUUCAAACAGGGGUAUGAACUAUUACAUCAAAUGGAGCCGUACAUUAACCAGGUCUUGACUUAUGCUCAGCAAUCAAGAGAAAGGUCCAAUUAUGAGCAAGCAGCUCUCAAUGAAAGAAUGCAAGAUUACAAACGGCAGAUUGAUCGAGAAAGUAGGUGGGCUUCUAAUGGUUCUAAUGGAUCUCCUAAUGGAGAUGGUAUACAAGCCAUUGGUAGAAGUUCACAUAAGAUGAUAGAAGCAGUAAUGCAAAAUGCUGCAAAGGGAAAGGUUCAGACUAUUCGACAAGGUUAUCUCUCCAAGCGUUCCUCAAACUUAAGGGGGGACUGGAAAAGGAGAUUUUUCGUUCUUGAUAGCCGGGGAAUGCUGUAUUACUACCGUAAACAAUGCAGCAAACCAUCUGGCUCUAGCAGUCAACAUUCUGGUCAGAGGAAUAGUUCGGAGCUUGGUUCUGGGCUUCUAAGUCGAUGGCUGUCCUCUCAUCAUCAUCAUCAUGGUGGAGUACAUGAUGAGAAAUCCGUUGCUCAUCACACUGUGAACCUGCUUACAUCAACAAUCAAAGUUGAUGCUGACCAAUCAGAUUUGAGGUUUUGCUUCCGCAUCAUUUCACCAACAAAGAACUACACUUUGCAGGCAGAGAGUGCGCUGGACCAAAUGGAUUGGAUUGAAAAAAUCACAGGUGUUAUUGCCUCAUUGCUGAGUUCUCAGAUUCCUGAAAGGUUGUUGCCGGCAAGUCCAAUGGGAAGUGGUCAUCUCAGGUCUACCAGUGAGAGUAGUUCUUUUGAAAGUUCAGAUUUUGAUCACUGUGCUGUUGAAGAAAGUGCAGCUGAUAGAUGUUUUGUGUCUUCACAUCUGGAGCGUGCAUCCAGAAAUUUGAACCAGCAGCGGUCCUGUAAUAAAAGUGAAAAACCAAUUGAAGUGUUGCGAAGAGUUAUCGGGAAUGAUAAAUGUGCUGAUUGUGGGGCACCUGAACCGGAUUGGGCAUCACUAAAUCUUGGCGUUCUUGUUUGCAUUGAAUGUUCCGGUGUUCAUCGAAACCUUGGUGUGCACAUAUCAAAGGUUCGCUCUCUUACAUUGGACGUUAAGGUGUGGGAACCUUCUGUGAUAACUUUAUUUCAGUCUCUUGGGAAUACUUUUGCCAACUCUGUCUGGGAGGAACUUUUGCAAUCAAGAAGUGCCUUUCAGGUUGAUCUUGUCCCUACAGGCUCGAGCAAGUCCGAUAAGCCACAAACAGUUUUCAUCACCAAACCUGGUCAAUAUGAUUCUCUAGCAGUGAAGGAAAAGUUCAUCCAGGCAAAGUAUGCAGAGAAGAUUUUUGUUCGCAAGCCGAAGGACAAUCAGUACCGACUCUUAGUAGCACAACAGAUCUGGGAGGCUGUUCGUGCUAAUGAUAAGAAAGCCGUAUACCGCUACAUUGUUAAUUCGGAUGUUGAUGUCAACGUUGUUUAUGAGCAAGCAUGCAACAACUCUUUAACCCUUGCCAAAGUAAUGCUAUUACAAGAGCAGGCAAACAAUGAUAACAGCCCUAAUUUGGCAGGGAACACAUUGGACUGGUCCUCUAAUUGCUCUAUGAAUUUGGUAGGCAGUAAAGAAGGCCAGCCGAUGCUCAAUCUCGAAGGGUGCACACUACUUCACAUUGCUUGUGAAACUGCAGACAUUGGAAUGGUGGAGCUCCUCCUGCAAUAUGGCGCAAAUAUUAAUGCAACUGAUAUGAGAGGCCGAACUCCUUUACAUCGUUGUAUUCUCAAAGGAAGAUCUAUAAUUGCAAGAUUACUGCUUUCAAGGGGAGGCGAUCCUCGAGCCGUGGAUGAGGAUGGAAGAACUCCUAUUGAGCUUGCUGCAGAAUCAAAUGCUGAUGACAGAGUAGUCCAUGCUCCAUCAAAUGAUUCUAAUGGAUGACACUAAUAAGAAAACUCUCUGGAACUCCAAGUAUAUUAUAUAUAAGAUAUUGAAGAUUGAAUUAUGUAAAUUUGUAUUUUUUAUGAAUCAAAAAGAUGUUUUUUUUUGUUUUUGUUUAAGGAAACACCACUAGUAUGAAGAGUUCAAAAGGAGUGUGGUAGGUUGUAAUGUCUGCCCCUUGGUAAUCUUGUACAAGAUAGUGCUAAGAUUUGUAAUGUAAAAUGACUGCAUUGGUCUUUAGUCAAGAGCACUGGUGUACUAGAAGAGCCAAGCAACAAUUUAGUAAUGUUUUUUGUGUAUUUUUCUUUUGCUUCUUUUAGUGAUGAAGAUGUGAUACAUUAGGCUAGGGUUUUGUGCAUCCUAUGUACAUUGGUUUAUUUUUGUGAAAGGUUUUGUGGUUGUUUUUCACCUUUGUA